CCGGCGCGCGCUCCCGGCCUCGGCGCCAAUGGGUCCUCGGGCGGCCCUGAGCGGGCUCGCGCUGCUCAGCGCGCUCAGCCUUGGUCCGUGCCUUUCCAAGGGGCCCUGUGGCCCAGGCCGCUUCCCGAACGGAACAGGGACCCACUUGAGGUGCUGCAGCCUGAGCGCCCCGCGCGAGGCGGGCAAGACCUAUGCUGUAAGGGACUGUGAAUGUGUCCAGCCGGAGUACCACUGUGGCGACCCUGAGUGCCAGAGCUGCAAAUACCACCCUUGCCCACCUGGCACGGAGGCACAGCCUGAAGCAACCCCUCGGCCUGUCUGUUUGCCCCCAGGGAAGCUCACAUAUGGUUUCACGUGUGUCAGCUGUGCUGUGGGGACCUUCUCCCAGGACCAUCAGGGCCGCUGCAAACCUUGGGCAGACUGUGGCCGGUUUGGAUUUCUCACCAAGUUCCCUGGAAAUAAGACCCACAAUGCAGUGUGCCUCCCAGGACCACUGCCCACUGAGCCACACAGCUGGAUGAGCACUGUCCUUCUGGCUGUGGCCUCCUGCAUCCUUGUUCUUGCCACCAUCCAACUGGGCCUGCACCUCUGGCAACUGAGGCGGCAGCCCGUGUGGCCCCAAGGUCAGUUGUGUCCUGAUGAGGAGGGAGGGGGACCCAGGCCAGGUGCUGAUCACAGCCCCUUACAGAGACCCAGCCACUCCUGGAGGGGCUGCCACCACCUGCUGAGGACACCUGCAGCUGCCAGUUCCCAGAGGAAGAGCGGGGAGAGCGGCUGGAGGAGAAGGGACGGCCAGGGGACCAGUGGGUGUGAGCCUGGUCAUCCCCAGCAGCAGCUGCACCAGAGCCAGGCCCUCCGGGCUCGUCCAGGCCAGUCUCGAGCAAGGCCUCUGCUCUGGGCCCGGCCCUGCUCCCUGCAGUGGUGGAAGUGGGUGGAGGAUGGUGUCACUGCUGAGACCCCAGCUACACAGAAGGGGAGCCAUGGCGGGGCUCUGUGGCAGAGACAGUGCCAAAGUUGCUCUCCCUAACAGUGUGGCCCUCUGGGCCAUACCUGGCUGCAGCCCUGUUCUUAAUAAACACUUGCACAGUGA